AUGGCACACUUGAACACAAUAUCGACAAGCAACGUUUCACAAGGAACGUGGCAAUGCCGAAAUGGCAAAACCGUUGACACAUCCAGGAAAGGAAAUGAAACACAUGGCACAAGGGCGCAUGUAUCCCUCUUCUUCAAAAAAUGUGCUAUCCUUUUUGCUGUUGCUUGCAUCUUCUUAAGGCAUACGGAUGACGUCGAAACACAAGAAGAACAUGUCGCCAAAGUACAGGUAUAUAACAGAGGUGCUCGCAGGUUAGCAAAAGGAAGCGCAGCUCCAUCAGAAGAUGAGCUUGAAUUAGAUCCGAUGGUAUUCGAACACUAUGACGGUGCCUACGACGAUGUGGAACAACCUUAUGAAGAAGACUAUGCAUGUUCCCCGAAACGAAUAUAUUCGGACGGACAAUGGGAGGAUGAGGAAGAUGGAACUAUUCUAAAAGAACGGAAAGUGGUGGAGUACGAGAUACCACAACAAGUGCAUUAUUAUGGAAAGUGGAAAAUAGAACAUGAUGCAAGGGAAGAAGAAGUCGAUAACGGCGACACAUUAUCUGCCGAUGUAGCAGUCGCUGCAUCAGUUAACAAGUCCCGAACAUCCGUUUCGAAGGUUGGUGAAGACGGCUCGUUGCCACCAUCCAAACAAAAUGACAAAAACAGUGGAAAAACGAAACAGGAGCCGAAAGGAUCGUCGGAUACAGGAACGAGCGCAAGCACCGGAAGCAUCGGAAGCACAAAGAAUGGGAAGCAGAACGAUGCCGUUAAAAUGAAACCCGGAAGAGACUUUAGUAGACGCAAAUUGGCUACAUAUAUUAUAUAUAGGUACAGCAAGUUCUUCGUUGCGGCUAUUGUCAUUUAUUCUAUAAUAAUGCUUGCUAUUGGCUGUAUGCUGGCGCUUGCAUCUGCGGGUAUAAUUCAGAUUGUCUCUGCUGCUACAUUUAAUACUCUAGCUACUAGCUGUGGACUUAGUGCUAGCAUUUGGUGUGCAGCUGGGAUUGCCUUGGCCGCCGCUGCAGGUGGAAUGGGUAUAGGUACAAAGGAAAAAGUGCCGAAGAAAGUUUUGAAGCACAAAAUAUCAUCAGAAGUACCCCAGAACCCAGAGGUACUCCACAAAAAUCAGAGGUACCGAAGCAACCGGAGGCACCUAACAAACCAUAAGUAA